CUUGUCUAUCUCUCCUUAUUCGUUUUCAUAUUUCACUAGUUCCCGCUGCUGCAUCUACGAUCUGCAAACCAAAAUUCACUCUUCAUCCACUCAUAACUCAUAUUUGCCUCGUUGACCUUUAGCUUCACCCACAUUGCCUUUGUCCUCUAAUAGAAGGGUGUUUCAUUAGCUUUCCAGAUGUUGGAAUACUGUAUUAGAACAUACCACCCCGGUAGACAGCCCUUCACACGUUCGCAGUCCUUCUCGCAUCAUCAUGAUCACCGCACUCGUUACCAAUACCGAAGCCGAUGCUUCGACGGCUGCGCUGAGAUCCCCCUCGAGAAAUGGAAUAGCAUGCGCGAACAAAAGAAAGACCUGAUGGAGAGAAACGACGUCCUCACCCGCGAAAACCAGGCCCUGAAGAACGACCUCCAAGCCUCUACCCAGGAGAACAGCCGCCUGCUCUCGCACAACCAACAGAUGAUCGAGGAGAUCGAGGAGCUGAGACGAACACGCAACCUCGACGCCGAGGCCACGGAGCGGUUCCGUCGGCGGGUGCAAGCGCUCAAGUUGGAGGUCGAGCAGAAGGACAGGGAUCUCCUGGACCUCAGGAGGAAUAACGAUACCCUGAACAAGCGGGUCGGCGUCAUGACGGAGACCAUCUCGGCGCUGCACCAGCGGAUCUCCGACAAGGCCGCGUGCAGCAAGAAGAGGCGCGACGACUACCAGAAGACCGUGGAUGAGGUUACCGGCCGGCUCGACAGGGCGCGGCGCGACCUCGCGGCUCGCCUGAGAGAGCUCGACGAAAAGGACGCCCUGAUCGACGAGCAGUGCCACAUGCUGCGGAGGUACGAAACUACGAUUCCUGCUCGUCGCCGCUACAGUUUUGUGUAAGGCUCAUAGAGCGAUAUCACUUUCACUACUACAUUUCCCUUCGGCGGUCUAGAUUAGGAGGGGGUUAAGGUUCUAUGAAUUUAGCUGUACUACAUCAUGGAAGAAUGCUUCGACAUCUUCUAAGCUCUGUUUCUAUCACAAGAUUGGAUUUCAACCCGCCCGUGCACUUUAAUUCUUGUAGUUUUGCAUUGUUAGUUACUCACCUGUUAUUUGGAGGGUAUUCCCCAGGUUACCACGAGGGGAAGGGAUAGAUAGGGGUUGGACGGGAGAGUUGUACGGAUGUCACAUCCUAUUCCUAUUUACGACGGAUGGUUAGCGUUU